CCUAAAGUUUCAUUCAGAACUGUUCGUGAAUGCCUCAACAUGGGUCGCAGCCUUACAGGUCCCUUGCAGGUAAAACCAAGCAGAGGACAGCUAUCCACGAGGAUGCCCGUUUGGUAGUCCGACGACGAACAUUGUCAAGCUGCGGUGAUCCCAGUGAUACCGUAAGGUCUCGUGCAUUGACCAGUCUUGGUCGGCUAGAGAGUAGCGAAAUCAGUGACCGAUUACGAUCUAUCUUCGGUGAUACAUUAACUGGGCCGAUUAACCUUGACAAGCGUCGGCAUACUCUGCGGCGUGUAUCUUCCUCACUGAGUGCUGAUGAGGACAGAACCGACACCGAUUUCAUGCCAGUACUUCCUAGCACAUUGCGGCAUUCCUCAUCGCCCUGGUCGUUCAACAUGGAGGAGUGGGAACCUGAUGAUUCGCCUGAGGCUUCUAGUGGCGCCUUCGACAGGGAUGGGUCCGAUGAGGAUGGAGACUCUGAGGGGAGUAGCGUUGUAUAUGUUGACGCUGCUGACCUCACGGCCGUGCUCCUCGAUCGAAGUAGCAUCCGCGAGCAGCAUAUCAAGAAGGUUAUCCUGGAUGUAUUUGCCGAGCGGGUCGAUAUCUAUGCUGAGGCCAAUGCUACUGAAAAUGCCCCUCCGGUGAGAGCCUCCGAUGCCCUACUGCGGUUCUAUGACGACGUUAAGAUGAUAUAUGAGCAGCUCCCAGGAGACGACAUUGGUUCUUCGACGGUGGAAGAUGGCAUCACUGAAUUCUGCGCGAACUUAUGGCUAGCUUUCGACCCGAACGCCCAGGACGUGAGGCGACGUUGCAGGGGUGUUGUGAUCAGUGCCCGGAAUAUAGUUAUUGCGGAAAAGCAGUCUACACUUAACCCAGCAUGGCAGCUGCUCCCGUUGCGGACGCGGCUUGCUCUUUCCCAAUCUCCUACACGUUGGAAGGACAUUCCAUACUCCGCGACGGGCAGAGAUAAUCUAUGGAAAGGCCUCAAGCAGCCGAUGAACAGACUGAGUCUGCAGUUUUACAAGUCGGCGAAGCUCGAGAAAGGCUUCCAGGUGAACCAUUCGUUACACUCUGACAGACUUGGGGUGAUGUGGACCACUGUUCUGGUGCUCUUCGUACUUGUUGUGACAUGGUUUCGGUAUAGACUGCUUAUGUCGACAGCUGGCUCCUUCUAUUAUUGCAGUGAUGAUACUGAGAAAACUAUGACUAUACUAAAGUAUGCCGCGACAGAGCCGCUUAUGAUGUUCGCUUUGGUGGGAAUACUGGAGAUCACUGUAUGCUUGUCACUGCGAGGGCGAAGGUCAAUACUACUGGACUUCUUCGAUGACUUGCAGGCAUGCUAUUCUCUACUGGCGGCCUGUCUUACUUUGCUGUGGUUGCAUCUGGGUCCGAAGGUUAUGGAUUGGUAUUGCUGGCCGCCUGACCGUUCAUACACACUCGCUCUAACGUAUAUCCUUUCCGCUGCGGCAUUCUCUCUACGCUGGACGCAAUACGUUUUUGUAUCACUAGCAAUAACCGCCGUCGCUAUUAUCCUUCAUCUCCUUCCAUCGAGCAGCCACGUCGGUCAAGUUCCUACACUCAGUGUUUUACCAACCAUCACUUUCUACGUUGUUGUUAUCACUUGUGUAGUUCUCCUUACUAUUUACAAGUAUGUGUACGAGGGAGUACUCCGUGAGGAUUUUGUCCUUCAUCUCUCACUAGCUAAGGAGGCUAGCAGAUGCAAUGCUCUGCUCACCAACGUUCUUCCGGAGCGUAUUCUGGACACGCUAAAGAAAAGGCAAGACGCAGUUGACUCUAUGGAAGGUGUUCGUCGCGACUCAGGGUUGGUGCUGAGCCGAGAGAUUGGUAUCACAGAAGCUAUCACGGAUGUUACUAUUAUGUUUUCGGAUAUUCCUGGUUUCACAACUCUGUCUAUGAAGAUCUCUCCCAGAGAGAUCGUUCUCACACUGAAUGAGCUCUUCAGCCUCUUCGACGAGCUAGCGCAUGAGGAAGGUCUUAGCAAGAUCAAGACUGACGGGAAUCACUACAUGGCAGCAGCUGGUCUGCCGCAGUCCAAUAUGAUACACGCGCCUGCUGUAUGCCGAAUGGCACUACGUAUGAUGGACGAGGUGGCCCGGCGCAACGCUCUGAUAACGCUGAAGUCCCAAGGCUCGAGUUAUGCGGCAGAGUACUGGGAUACCAUUCACGAGGUUGACGCUGGUGCGAUUCGAUACAUCUACGAUAGCAGUCCCACGUUGAAGUCAGACUCUGAGGAUGGUCCAGCAUCGUCUAGCCGGACGUCGGAUCCGCCGACAUCUGGCAGUGAUGACAAUGAGGAUGAUACAGGAUCUCCUGUCUUUGUGGGAAUUCCAGUUCCUCUCCGUGUUGGUAUUGAUAGCGGUGAUUGCAUUGGUGGAGUCAUUGGUAGGAAGAAGUUUAUCUAUGACGUGUGGGGGGACUGUGUUAACACAGCUUCCCGUAUGGUACAGUAUGGCGAAAUCGGUUGUACACAAAUCACAGAUGCGACCAAGAAGUGGCUCGACGUGUUAGCACCUGGAUGUUUCGAGACGGAGAGUCGCGGCGUGCAUGAGGUGAAGGGCAAAGGUCCUAUGCUCACCCAUUUCCUUCUGGACGAGAUAAGGGACUAUAAAACCGUCAUUCGGGAGCUUCCAGAACCCAGCGAGACAUCUUCGUCUGUAAGGCGUCGACUUCCCUUGGCGAAGGAGGCCUAGCCUGUAUCAUGUGAUUUGUCUGUUUUCAACUCGACGACCUUUGAUUGUUUUUUUUGGUACACAUCACGAUAGUUCACUUGUAGCCACCGAGAUCAUUGGUAAGGCUC